AUGCCCCGGGUGCUAGCACAGGAGAGCUCAGCAGCCCCGCGGGAGGAUGGCAAGGGAGGCUCCCGCAGGAGCAGCUGGGGCAUGUUGGUCACUGCUGGAGUCGGUGGGACCUUGGUGGCUCUCUAUGCUGUGGUCACCCCUUUCGUGACCCCGGCCCUGAGGAGAGUGUGCCUGCCCUUCGUUCCUGCCACCGCAGCUCAGAUCCAGAACGUGCUGAAAAUGCUAGAGAACAGAAGUGGCUCCCUAGUUGACAUUGGUAGCGGGGAUGGCCGCAUUGUGAUAGCAGCUGCAAAGAAAGGAUUCAAAGCUGUUGGUUAUGAAUUAAAUCCCUGGCUAGUCUGGUACUCCAGAUACCGUGCCUGGAGAGAUGGGGUGCAUCAGAACACCAAAUUUUAUAUAUCAGACUUAUGGAAGGUUUCUUUUUCCCGUUACACAAACGUUGUUGUUUUUGGGGUACCUCAAAUGAUGCCACAGUUGGAGAAGAAGCUGGAAGAAGAACUGGAAUGUGAUGCCAGAAUUAUUGCCUGUCGUUUUCCUUUCCCUUGCUGGAUUCCAGAUCGUACUAUUGGAGAUGGAAUAGACACUGUGUGGGCCUAUGAUUUGAAACAUGAUUUGAAACACCCAGGAUGUGAAACAAAAAGCUUGGAAAUUACACCAGAGACAGAAUCCUAAACAUCUAUUUUUAUUUUUUACUGAAAUUUUUAGCUAUGACU